AUGAAUGUUAUUGACGAGACACAUCUGUCGUCGCGUGUAAAAACAAUUUCGUUCAUUAGAUCAGAAAGAUCGUCACCAGCUGAUUCAUAUUCGUUGUCACAUCUCGAUCCACCCACUGACAGUGUCUACAUGAUAUGUGGGGUGCUGAUUGCUAUGGUUGUGGUCGGCGUCUUAAUCGUCCUGCUCGCCGUAACGAUUAGCAAGCUGCGGAAACGCGAGGAUCAUUCGAGUACGGAUGCAGUGCACCCUGAAGCGACGGUAGUGCAGACAGCGACCUCGCCUGCGACAAUUGGAACGGCGCCGGCACACCCCGACGAUUGCUGCACCCAGAUAUCCACAACCACUAUAUCGACCGAUCUCAACAACAGUGUUUGCAAUGAACACGUCUAUGCUGCGACAACGGUGACGCCGUCCGCCAAUCCCGUCGAGUCGUUCGCGUGGCAAUUCCCGCCCCCGUAUCCACCCCCCCACAUGCCGCAAUACACGUUGUACAACGAUCAGGAUACUCUUGUACACGCCUUGCCAUCGCAUCGGCCUGGAUUCGCGAAGGGCUUCCGCAAGAACCUGGGCGGGCGCUGGCGUCGAUUGGUGAAACGGAAAACCGAGUCGGAUACCUGUGCCAUUCCCCCCGAACUGAAAGAUCAGCUGAAGACCAUCUACGUUUAUUAAGAACCGAAAGCCUGUUCUGAGAGAGUCUCUAACAAUUAUCAAUAAAAAAGAAAAUCUAUCAAAACACGUAAAAAAAAAAA